UUUUUUUUUUUUUUUUUGUGGCUGAAAGGAUGAAAACUGAGUAAGUACACAGAACUUUGAACUUGAAGCGGAAUGAAACAAAUACAAGCAAAACCCUAGCAGUGACCAUGUCCAUUCAAACCGUGCAUUCCCUUUUUAUGUGAAAAGCCGUGAAUGCUUACAGGAAAGUGGCAAUUUAAAACGGAAUGAAGGGAAGCAGUGAAGAACCAUGAAAGGCUGGAAGCAGGACUGCUCUAAAAGCGGAGGAGAAUGAGGAACUGCUCCGGCAAGCUGGCCUGCAUCCCGCGGUGCAACAGGCACUUUUGGUUUUAACCUAUUGAGCUCUUCAGCGCUGUUUCCAGACUCCAGAUUUACUUUGGUAUUGUUUUCUCUUUUCCUGUAAAGUCUUUGCUGCGAGUUUAAGGAUGUUGUGAAAAUAAGGCAUCACCGGAAGCAAAAGUUUGGCAGCCUGGGGAUACGCUCAGGUUAUUAGUUACCACUAUUAUUAUUUUGAUGUCUUUUUUUAACCCAGGCCAGCCACUUUUCACUGUCAUCCAUGGAAGGGAUCUUAUUAACCGCCUCAGACUUUGGGGACCUAUGAUUCUUUGGCAUGAUCCUUCGGAAAGUUCUUAAGCGGGGAUGGAGCAAGCUUGAUUUAAAGACUGAUUUGUAUUUUUUCAUGCUGACCAAAAAGAGCUGCUAUGACUUUUCCGGCAAAGUGGACGGGGGCCAAGUGAAGCUGAGCUGGUCAUGGUCUGUCGUCCAGUGUUCCCUUGUCGUCGGCGAUUUUGCCCCCGGCCCUUCUUGGUGGGCUUGGUGGUGGCAAUCUGUCUCUUCUACCAGACCCUGACACUCCGAGGGACGAGGAAGCUCACAGCCGCUGACCCUGGGGCUGCCCCAAACGCACCCACCAAAACCCAAGCAAGCAGAUGUAAGAAAGGACUCUCCCUGGACAAACAGUGCUUCCUUCUCCCCAGUAAUGCGCAGGAAAUCAGAAAGAUUGAGAAAUCGAUAAAGAUACACUUUGGGAGCCAUGACAGAAGGGCCGUCCUCUACAGGCCUCCUUCCUACAGCAAAAUGGAGUUUCAGCUCCAUCAGCACGUCCUCACUCAGCAUCGCUACUCGGUCGUCAUCGCUGAAGAAAGGCUUGGUGCUGGUCUUGGGCCAGGGCUGCUAGAAAAAGGUGAUUUGGGCUCUUGGGAUCUGCUCAUUUGCCUGUCUUCUAGGAAAGCUGGUGGAAAACCUUGCAUAUCCAAGGAAGACAUGUGCCAGUUAGGUUUACAUCAAAAGGUAAACAUGUUACCAGAAAUACAGCAUCAGCUUUGCAGUAAAGAAGGAUUAUGUCAAAUAAUUAGAAGAUUUCCAGAAUUGCGACUUGUGGUGAGCCCCUCUGUGUGUCUGGAUCAGAGCAUACAGUUAAAGCAGAGUACUCUGAGUGACCUUUUAAAAACAGUGAAGCCACAUAUGUGGAAACCAUGGGACUGGCAACGUGAACAGCUGAAUCAAACAACAGCCCUUGCUCCACAUGAAACAAUCUUUAGAGCUGAAGAACUGUCUGUGAUUCUUAAAGCAUAUGUGUUGGUGACAUCUUUAAGCCCUUUGCGUGCAUUCAUUCAUUCAACUGGCGCGGUUUGGAAUCCACCAAAGAAAAAACGCUUCACUGUCAAGUUGCAAACAUUUUUUGAGACAUUCCUGACAGCCAGUUCACCUCUUCAGGCUUUUGAUAAUAUGAAGGAAGCAAUUAGCAAACUCCUCCUAGCAGCUGAAGUAUUCAGUGAAACAUCUACUCUGGGACCAAAGGCCUUCAAUAGAUGCAGAUUAUGUUUUCAACUUUUAACUUUUGAUAUUGGUUACUACAAUUUCAGGUACCCUGUUGUGCUCCAGGUGCAUGAGCAUUUAAAUUUUCAAGAUAGUGAUAAUACGGAUUUUGAGGACCAAAACACAGAAGAAUUCCUUUUACAAGAUACUUUCAAUUUUCUCUUCUCUAAUGAAUCCUCACUUCCCAUGUUUUCUGAGAUAUUUCAGGGACUUUAUAUAUCAGGUGUUUUUAAGGGCGAAAACUAUCAAAAGGAACCAAAUCAAUGCCUGUCUUUAGAGGAGAUGCACUCAAUUAUGACUUUCAUAAAGGAACUUGGGAGUUUGGGGCCAUUCCAACUGCUGUUCCCAUCUACUGCUCCUGGGAUUCGGUCUUUGAUGCGUGAAUUUUAUGAUAUGGCAAAUCCUAUAGGACAACCUGGUUCAGUCCUGACUCAGUACUGGUCUCUUUUAAAUGUAUUUGAACAAUUUCGGCUCCUGAAUAAAAACGCACAGCUACACCCACUGGAAUGGGCUUCUUUCACAGAGGAUGAGAACAUUGAAAAACCACAAGUGCCAUUUGAUGCAAUUGAAAAUAAAAAAGCUUCUGUUCCACGAAUUAUGAGUGAAACCAAAGAAGUUCAUUGUAGUAAUGAUGACACACAAUGUUAUAUCAAACAGAUCCUCACACAUCCACAUUUGGAACUGAAUCCUGAAUUUAACCCGAAGAUCAAAGAUUAUUACUCUGAAGUUCCAUUUGACGUGGUAACAGUGACAAUUGGAGCAGAGACUUCUAAUUGUCAGUGCAAGGUGUACCUGCACGAUCGGGCAGGAACAAGCUUUGCCAACUACCCUCUGGGCUUGGGAAUGAACAAAAUCUCAAUGUUUGUGGCAGAUGAGUCUCCAGCACAGGGUGAGACCCUGAUCACGUACAAGCUCACCAUCUACAGAGAAGAUCGUCCAAGUCUGCCCUUGUUUGAGGACUUCUCAGCAUGCGGGUUUGUGCAGCUCACCACUUACGUGUUGGAGAACUUGGACCAGUUUCUCAUCUAUCAGGAUUGUGGUUUGCUGAUUCACCCAGAAGAAGCCUGUGGAUUACAGCCUAUUUCCUCUGACUACAUUGAAGCCAUUUCACAGCCUGAACUAAAGAUCUGUCCAUCUGGGGACACAAAAGGCCAAUGGAUCGUGCCUUGCCUUAGCUGUUCAGACAACAGGACCUGUGACUGGAGAGAGAUAACGUGGCAGCCUCAGAACUGCCAGUACAGCGUUCUAACUAAGCCUCAACUCCAGCGGUGCCUGGGGGGAAGGAAGAUUCUUUUCAUUGGAGAUUCAACCAAUAGAGGAAUAAUGUACUAUCUGAUCGAAAGACUAAAUGAAACCUUGCAAGAAUGGCAGAAGGUCCACGGCACAAAAUUCUACCACAAUGUCAAUGGUGGGAAGACUUUGGUCAGUUAUUCCUACUAUCCCCAGUUCUGGAUAAGCCCUUCAUUGAGACCAACAUUUGAAAAAGCACUUGAACAUCUCUUGCAAAGAUCACGUCCCCUGGAGAAUACAGGCCAGACCGUAUUGGUCGUUGGUGGUGUUCAGUGGCUUAAUUCCAAUCACCUACAAAUUAUUCACAAGGUUUUGAAGAGGGAAAAUUUACUCAAUAUCCUUGUGAUCAUCAAAACUUUGGGAAUUGGAUUUCAUCUCCCAGUGGAUGGACUGCAUUUCUUGACACAGAGUGAAGUUCAGAACUUAUGGAAAGAAAAUUUGAUUAUUCUGGAUGCUGCAAAGACAUAUGGCUAUGAAGUGGUUGACACAUUUACUAUAACGAUGGGGCGAUACAAAGAGUUUUUGCAGGGGACGUGUGGAUGUCAUUUCCAUGAGGUAGUGAAGUCAAAAUUAUCCAAAGAAUAUCACUUUAUCAGAAUGAAACAAUCAAGAAAUCAUAUUGUGGGAAGAUAUUUCAGCAAUCAAAGCAAACGACAACGAGACCCUGUAACAAAUUCUCAAUCACCAUAUCAUGUCAGAGGUCCAGUUAAUCAGGUUUGCUCUGAAAUCCUUCUCAGCAGGAUGUGUGCAAGUAAAAGGACUGUGUAGACUCCCUGCAGGAGGACUGAACUUGGAAUUGGAAGCAAGCCACUCACCUGGACGUGGUCUAAGAACCAAAUCCUACACAUCACGGGUAUCUUGGAUUGACCACACACUCAUGCAUGCUGGCACACACAUAUACACCAAUGCACACAUGGCUUAAAAAAAAGUAAUAAUAACACUUUUCUUCCUACAGCUUUAUAAGGUCAAUAUAUGCACUUGACAAUCACUUGGUUUCAAGGGGAAAGUUAGAGCUUGAAAAAGGUUACUUGAAGUAUAAUCAUAAAUUGGAACCACUGUGGGCUAGGUAUUGCAUGAUGAUAAUAAGGAGAAAUAUAAACACUUGAAUUAUGUGGACAAAAAGGAUAAUGCUCUUGAGUAUUGUGUUAUCUUCUCUAUCGGUACAUUAAUACUGAAGAGGGGAAAAAAGCAGUUACAUUCCAUUUGCAAGUAGGGAUUGUGCUUGUGUUUUUUACCAGGAGAAAGAGUGAUGUGUACGAUAGCUUAGACUUUGUAAUCUAACGCUUAGGAAAAACAUUUCUUCCUAUACUUUUUAAAUUUUACAAUUGAAAGGAAAAGAACAGGAAUGCCACACAGGGAAUUCGGAGGGAUUCUAGGAGAGACAUAGGAAGUGUAGUAAUUUACAGUUAAAACACCAAUGGAUUUAACUUUGCACUCUUUGUACUUUUCAGUAACAUUCCCUCCUAUCCUGUCUGUGAACUUGGAUGGGUAACUGCAGUCUAAGUUGAUAAAAAAUGUAAUGUUAAAGUGAGAAACAAAAUGUAGUUCCUCAUGUAUUACUUUAAUAUGUUUUAUUGAUGAUACUACUUAAGAAAGCUUUUGUUUGCUGUUAGAGGCCUAUGUAAUUUAAGGUUACGUUUUAUGUAAAUAUUUUCAAAGGAUUAGGCAUUUGCAUAGGCAUUUAUUUUCAUAAAGCAUUUGUAUACGUCCACAAAUACCAUGUUAUUGGUAACUAUAUUUUGAUUUUUCUAAUCCAAAUUGAGAGUAGGAAUAAAAAUAUUUUUUUAUUAAAACUGUGGCAUACAUAUAUAAAACAUACCUAGUUCUAGUAUUGAGAACUUUCUUUUCUAUAUUUUAAUUUCAAAAUAGUGAAUUUCUUUAUUUUACGUGUUUUGUUGUAAGCUAUCCCACAGUUACAAUUGUGUUUUAAAGGAUUAUUUUUCCUUUGGGGAAAAAAUAAAGCUGAGAGUGUUAUUCAAUACAUGUCUGAAAUUAACAACUGUACAAAUACCUCAAUUUCAUUACCGUACAAAAAAAGAGAGACUAUUUUGAUUGAUCAGUUCCUUGGUAUGAAUAUCCACCUCUUUAAAUACUCUAUUUUUAUAUAUAUUUUUAUAUGAAAGUAAACAUGAAUUUAUAUUUAACUGUCUUAAGUUAUAUUUAAGCACAACUAUCACUUGAUAUAAACAAUACAUAUCUGCCUCUAACAGAUGAUAGAUUUUUUUUAAGUGGUACAGAAUUAACCUUUAAAAUGAAAGAUUUGGGGGCACCUGGGUAGCUCAGUCGGUCAAGUAUCUGGCUUCAGCUCGGGUCAUGAUCUCACUGCUCGUGGGUUCGAGCCCUGCGUCCGGCUCUGUGCUGACAGCUCAGAGCUUGGAGCCUGCUUCCGAUUCUGUCUCUGUCUCUCUCUGCUCCUCCCCUGCUCGCUCUCUGUCUCUGUCUCUCUCUCUCUCUCAAAUAUAAAAUAAAACAAAAAAAAUUAAAUGAAAGAUUUUUCUAAUAUCUGCAACUAUAUGCAAACACUAUUUUUAGGUUUUUGACUAUUUUUUAGUGAUAUAAAAUGUUGCCAAUUCAUGCAGCUUCUCAUCAUGUUUUAAUGUAUUAUAUGCUCUAUAAUAGGUUUAUAGUCAGGGAUGUUUCUUGUAAUUUACUGUCAACCUAACUAUAAUAACCAUCUGACUGAGGUUAGUCCUGCAUUUACCUCUUCACCAUUGAAAUAAUAAUAGAUUUUAGAAACAAGUGUAACAAUACUAUUAAUAAAUAUCUUACUAGUAA